UGUGUUAGUGCCAACCAGAGGCUGUAAAUAAGGUGCCAAAGUGUUUUGUUGUGGAAUCAGAAUUUUGGAAAAACUAUCAGUACGUGGUAUAACUUCCGUCUUGCAGAUAUCACUAGUCUUCACCAAACAGCAGCAGGCUAGCUUAGAUUAACGAGAGAAAGGGAGUGUAACACCACAACAACACAACAAGGGACGGUGGCCGUGUAGGUGAAAUUAAUCUGUAAUCCCUUCCUUGACCUCCCCAUGCGAGCCUGUGUAACAGACUGACCAUGUUGACCUUUCAUAGUUACAUAGAUUAGCUCUUCAUUCUUGCAGCACAUGCGGACGAGGAGACUUUCCUCCUCAGAGAUGUCAACAUGCCGCACCUGAAGAGACUUUUAACGUCAAAUUCUGUCUUGGAUUUCCUGCAAUCUUCAUCAUGCAUUUUUUUUUAAUGGAGAGUCAAACCCGAGUGAAGAGAACCCAUAGCAAAAGAAGACUCAGAUGGAAAGCUGUCUGUUUUUGACUAUGUGAAUGGACACGUUUUGAAGACUGAUCUGACUUCUAAGAACUAUGUAAAGACUGAAUUAAGACUCUUCAUCAACAAGCUACCUGUAAGUGUAAAUAAAUCCAGCUGAGGCACGGAGGUGGAUAGACUGUGAAGCUUGGUGGUUUGCUGGACCAUACCUGAAGAUGCUUCAGUCUGGUAACUACUCUUUGGUGCUGCUGAUCCAGCUGACACUUUUGGCCUAUGACCUCUUUGUCAACUCCUUCAGUGAACUCCUGAGAGCAGCGCCUGUCAUCCAACUAGUGCUUUUCAUCAUCCAGGACAUUGCCAUUUUAUUCAAUGUGAUCAUCAUCCUGCUGAUGAUGUUCAACACGUACGUGUUCCAGGUUGGCCUGGUGUCCCUGCUGCUAGAAAGAUUCAGGGCUCUGCUGAUGUUCUCUUCUCUGUACCUGACUCUCAGCAUCUGCUUCCACAGCUGGGUGAUGAACCUCAGGUGGCUCGGUUCAAACAGUUUCGUUUGGACAGAUGGUCUUCAAGCCCUUUUUGUUUUCCAGCGAACAGUGGCUGUGGUGUAUUACUACUUAUACAAACGAACAGCAGAGUACAUGGGAGACCCCAGGCUGUACGAGGACUCUCUGUGGUUGCGAGAAGCCUUUGCCAGAGCUCGACAAUGACGAACGAGUGGCUUUGAGAAGGACUUUAAAGGACCAUCACCAUGAAUACAUUUUUUUACUUUUUUUUGUUUUACAUUGAGGAGAUCAUCACACUGUUCAACAUAUAUAUAACAAGCAAAGUGCUGAUUAUGAAAACUGAUGGAACAGGUCAGGUGGAUGAGACAGUCUCAUGCACGGUAUGUGUUUGCUGGCUCCUGUUAGCCAGGCAGUGAGCCAGUCAGAUGGUUUAACAUUGGCAAGCAAGUCAUGGCAGUAUUGUAUUAAUCAGGAUUGGCUCUUGUAGCCUCUGUGGCCUUGUUAAAUCCAUUUGUGUUACAGACAUAAUGGAACAGAGUUUUAUGUUACUGAGAAAACGUUGCAGAUGCAGGUAUUUUUGGAUUAGAACUGUCUGAUGUACCAUUUGUAGAAAGUGUUGUCACAUUAUUUUAUGAAUGUCUUUUAUUUUCUCUUAAGGAGGGAGCCUGUUGAGUUGUUUUGCCUUCUGUUGGGUUAGUGUUGUGCUUGUUUACAUGGCAAACAUACUUUUCAUAAGCCAUUUUUCAUAUGAACCCAGUUGUCUGAGCAGGGAUCUUUGAAUCGUCUUCCUGCUGUUUUUAUUAAAUAAUCCUUCUCUAA